AUGCUGUGCAAAACAUACCGUCCCUUUCAUUCAUACCUAAACAUAUUGUUCAAUAUAAUACUUGUACCGUAUUUUCUCGGUGGGUAUGGGGUGUACGGGUAUCUGGAGCUGGAUACGGAUAAACAGAUACCGAUCCGUUUGGGCAACGAGUGUGACCUACGGGUCAGUAAUGAUCACGAGUUCGAGAGCUGUAGGCGCCGGGCGUUUCAGGACUGGAACACCUAUGAUAUGUCGCAACGUGUACGCUAUGACUGCUGUUAUCAAUGGGACGUUAUCGACUGCGAGGAGUCGUCGGUAUACGCGCUGUGCGAUCGGUGGCAAUACGACGACGAAUACAAGUCAUACAAACAGCGCAAACGGGAACACAUCGACUACUUCGAGAAG